UAUCGCUUUUAUCAUUCUCUCAGAAGGAUUUAAAGGAUUUUAGUUUUUCCUUCGCGUCCGUCAGAAGAAGACAUAUUCAAUCGUGAAUUUCUAUAGUAAAAUAAAGUAAAACAAAUUUAUUCAACUAAAAUUUAAAUAUGAGCUGCAUUUCUUUUGCUACGCGAAUGCGGAUGCAAGAAUAUUGGCAGAAAUUUGAUCCUUCUAUCGAAAGUAUGAUGCUAGACAAGACAGCAACAAUCAUCCAUACGGAUGAGCAAGAAGAAAUUUUCAGUUUAUUACCCAAUUUAGAGGGAAAACACGUGCUUGAACUUGGCGCUGGCAUAGGGCGAUACACAGGACUUCUGGCUAGCGCAGCUUUUCAUGUAACAGCAGUGGAUUUUAUGCAAGAUUAUAUAAAUGUUAAUCAACAAACACACAGCCAUCUGCCUAAUAUUAACUAUAUAGCCACUGAUGUCCUGGACCUCGAAAUGCCACCUAAAAAGUAUGAUGUCGUAUUCAGCAACUGGCUAUUCAUGUACUUGAGUGAUCAAGAAUGCAUCUCUUUGCUAGAAAAAAUACUUAUGUGGUUAAAUGAUGGAGGACAUUUAUUUUUCCGAGAAUCUUGUUUUCAUUCGUCAGGUAAUAUGCCUCGUCAAACGAACCCAACUUUCUAUAGGACACCAGCUGAUUACUCGAAUCUGGUCGAUGCAGUCUCAAUGUCAAGCAACUCUGUCUGUUUGUCAAACCAAUCUCUGUUUUUUGACUCAGAGGAAGGUUAUGGACUUAAAGUGAUCAGCGUUGGUUCCUUAAAGGCUUAUAUUAAACACAAAAAUAAUUCCCAUCAAAUUUACUUUCUGGCCAAAAAAGUCAAAAAAACUAUGACUUCCAAAGACAAUUUCCAGCAUUUUCUGGACAAGAAACAGUAUAGCAGAAGUGGCGUUCGAAGAUACGAAUGGAUAUUCGGAAAAACUUUUCUAAGCACUGGAGGACUCACAACUACUAAGAAAUAUGUUGCACUUUUAGAUCUGAAGGAAGGUCAGAAAGUCCUCGAUGUCGGAUGUGGCUUGGGCGGUCACAGUUUCUAUAUGGCAGAGAAUUAUGGCGUAGAAGUUCUGGGUGUGGAUUUAUCUGUCAACAUGAUGACAGUGGCAACAGAACACCUGUCAGAAAGACCUCAUCUCGCUAACAAGGUAAAGUUUGUGAUAUGUGAUAUCACUCGUGCCACUUAUGAUAGUGCUUCGUUUGAUGCGAUUUACAGCAGAGAUACUUUGCUUCACAUACCGAAUAAAGAAGAGCUGUUUUCUAAUUUUGAAAGGUGGCUAAAACCUGGUGGAAAAAUCCUGUUCACUGAUUAUACGAAAAGUGACAAAGAAAUUUCUCCAGAUUUUGAGAAUUAUAUAGCUGACAGAGGUUAUCACCUGUUAACAUUGAAUCAAUACAAAGAACUUUUAGGGAAAAGUGGAUUCACCAAUAUCAAAGUAGAAGACGCGACAGAAGAAUUUUUAAAUGCUCUUCAUGCCGAACUGAACAAACUUCGAACGCAAAAAGAAAGCUUCUUAAAGCGCGCAGCAUCACCUUUUGUUUUGAUGACGUCUGCGACUCGUCUUGGUAUGGAUUCGACAAGACACUGGAAGCGAUGGGAAGUCAUACGUAUCCACAAUUCACGAAGAUUAGAUGGAAGGUGGUCAGAGCCUCGAACAUCUCUCUCAACUCAUCCCAGAUGUUCUCGAUAGGAUUGAGGUCAGGUGACCUUGAUGGCCAGGAAAGCAUGUGCAGGAGUUUACCGAAGACGAUUAUAGGUACUUGGAAGAUGGAUGGACAGCUAAAAUUAAAAGAGUUGUAGAAGGCAAUCAAACGUGGACAGCAUGCUAUGCUGAAAAACCUCGUUCUAAUGAAUGAAUAACCAUUUAGA